AUGUAUGAUGAUGUCCCAGAGGACUGGAGGAACCCCAGUGGGCAGUGGCAUGUGGGGGUGAAGAGUGCCAUGGAGUUGUACCCCAGGGGGCUGCGGGACCGACUGUCCAAGGAGAACAGAGAGAAGACAUGGGACCCACAACACAGGGUGACACUGGCUGAGGCCAACAGACUCCUGGAGGAGUUUGAUGCCAAGCACCCCACACCGAAUGCUGAGGAAAAAUUAAUCAAAGAAGACCUGAAGUCCCGAGUGGAGCAUCUGACCAGUAUGGACAAGAAUUUCAGUUUUUGUGGCCCUGUAUUUGACUGUGUGGUCUUCCAUGACGGUGAGACUUGGAGAGCCUGUGUGGACACCAGUGAACAAGGUGACCUGGAAUCCUGCAAACUCUUGGCCAACUACAGAGAAGAGCGCCAGUACGGGACACUGAGCAAUGAAGAUAUGCUGAACUAUAGUGUUAACAUAUACAAUGACGGCAACCUGUUAGAAGUGGUUACAAAUGCAGGUUCCCACGGUACCCAUGUGGCGUGUAUAGCCGCAGGACAUUUUCCUGCAGAACCAGAGAAGAAUGGCGUAGCACCCGGGGCUCAGAUAGUCGCCAUUAAGAUUGGAGACACACGUCUUGGUUCCAUGGAAACGGGAACCUCAUUGGCCAGAGCAAUGAUAAAGGUGACAGAGCUGAAGUGUGACCUGGUUAACUACAGCUAUGGGGAAGCCACUCACUGGCCCGACACUGGACAUGUGUGUUCCUUACUCAGUGAGGCAGUGGACAAGCAUGGGGUCAUCUAUGUGUCCAGUGCUGGCAAUAAUGGGCCUGGACUGUCCACUGUGGGGGCACCAGGGGGCACCACCACUGCUCUCAUAGGUGUCGGUGCCUAUGUGUCCCCAGAGAUGAUGGCUGCUGAGUACUCACUGAGACAAAAACUACCAGGAAUGCACUAUACAUGGUCCUCACGGGGCCCAGCAACUGAUGGUGCCCUAGGGGUUUGCAUUAGUGCGCCAGGGGGUGCAAUAGCCUCGGUUCCCAACUGGACCCUCAGAGGAUCUCAGCUCAUGAACGGAACCAGUAUGAGCUCACCUAAUGCCUGUGGAGGAAUAGCUCUUGUGCUAUCUGGUCUGAAAGCCACAGGGACAUACUACAGUCCAUACAGUGUACGUCGAGCUAUAGAGAACACAGCACAGCAUAUAGAGAGUAUGGAGAGGUUUGCACAGGGACAUGGCAUGUUACAGGUGGAUGCUGCCUUUGAGCAUCUCCUACAGCAUGCAUCAUGUUGCACACGGCGGAUGAAGUUCACGGUGACUGGACCCUCUGGUACACGGGGCGUAUACCUCAGAGAGUGGGCCCAGUUAACCAGACCACAGGAGGUGGCCGUCACUGUAGAACCUAGUUAUAUAGAUCCUUCUACUGAUCAGCAUGAAAAGAUCCAGUUUAUGCUGAGGUUCAAUCUUAUCUGUGAUGCCUCUUAUGUAGAAGUCCCAUCCCAUUUUGAACUCAAUAAUUCUGCGCGGGCUAUAUCUGUAAAGGUGGACCCGCGGGGGCUGACACAUGGCGUUCAUUACACUGAGGUGCUGGCCUAUGAUGUCACAUGUCCAGUCAAAGGUCCUGUCUUCAGAGUACCUGUUACUGUGAUCAUCCCUGAACCGGUUCAAGACACAGUCAACUUCAGGGUGGAGUUUUCCAAUCAGCAGUUCAAACCAGGUCAGGUCCACAGGCACUUUAUACGGGUGCCACAUGGGGCCACAUGGGCAGUGCUUCGAGUGCAAUCUGUAGAUGCAGAAAAGAACGUCCGUUUCUUGUUCCAUGCCUUGCAGUUCUCCAAACACACGUAUUAUAGGAAGCAUGAGUUUGACAAAUUUUUAACUCUCUCAGAGCUAGGAGAGACAACACAAUCUUUUCAUGUUUUAGAAGAUGUCACACUAGAACUGUGUGUAGCCAAGUGGUGGGCCAACAUAGGGGACACCACAGCCAGCUAUAGUAUCACUUUCCAUGGUUUGAUGCCAGAUACAAAUCAGAUACACAUGCAUGGAGCUCAGGGCAUUAUGAGGCUAGACGUUACCUCAGGGCUGAAACAUGAAGAAAUAUCUCCCGUUAUCACAAUCAAGGAGCAUGUGCAACCUUUGAGGCCAGCAGAGUCUAAGGUGUGCUGUCUGGCAGCCAGUAGAGAUCUCCUGUGGGAGGGCAAGCAGAUCUAUGCACUAGAACUGACCUAUAAACUCAGUAUUAGCAAGACGGCCGAGAUCACUCCUGACUGCUCUCUACUCAGUGACUUCCUCUACGAGAGCGAGUAUCAGUCCCAGCUUUGGAUGCUGUUUGACCAGAAUAAACAGUGCCUGGGCAUGGGGGAUGCUUACCCUGAAAAAGAAAAGUACAAUGUGAAGCUAGAAAAAGGCGAAUACACCAUCAGGCUGCAGAUCCGUCACUUCAAGCAGGACCUGUUGGAGCGUAUCAAAGAUUUACCUGUGUUAAUACAUCACAAACUGACUCCAACUAUCACAGUGGAUACGUAUCACAAUGCAGCCAAUGCAAUGAUAGGUGGAAAGAAGUUCCAGUGCUUUUUAUUGAAGAAAGGAUACAAGUACCCAGUUUUUAUUGCCCCAAUACCAGAUGAUAAAUUGCCAAAAGGUGUCGCUGCGGGGCACUUCCUGUCAGGCACCAUUUCUCUUGCAAAGGACGAGUUGGGAAAGAAAGCAGACGUUUACCCAUUCAAGUAUACAGUAACAGAAGUAGUGAAGAAGAACAAUAAUAAUAAGAACAAUGGCAAAGACAAGAAGGAGAAGACCAAAGAACAGGAGUAUGCUGAAGCCCUCAGGGAUCUAAAACUUUCUUGGAUGCCUAAGCUAGACAACAGCCAGACCAUAUUUGAGGAUUUACUUCAAGACGUUCCUGAUCAUCUCUCCCUCUACAUGGCACGCUUGCAGUCCCUGGACAAUGAACAAGAACGUCUUAAAAGACUCCCAUCUAUCCUUGCUGCAGCACAGGAAGUGACAUCACGCAUAGACCAGAAUGCACUGCUGGCAUACUAUGGGAUGAAGACUGACGCCAGACCGGAAGCUGCGACAAUCAAAAGUGAGAUGGACAAACAGAAGGGCAUGCUGGUGGACGCACUGGGGCGGCUAGGCUGUGCUCAGGCAGACAUUGUCAUGGGAAAAGCAGAACAACCACCAGAGGGAGACACUGAGGACCUGCCUGAAGUUACCCUGGACGAUCUGACGGCUACGUUUUAUGAGCUGCAAAAGUUUAUCGAUAUCAAUGAUCUCAAGGUGUCACAGUUCGUUGUCCGCCAUGCCCUUGCGCACAAACAUUAUGGCCGUGCACUGAAAGUGUUGCAGAAACAGAAUGAUGAGAAGAACACCAAAGAAAAUGAUUUGAAGAUCAUUGAGAUAUAUCGCACCCUAGGCUGGGAUCAUGCAGUGAAGCAGUAUGAAAAUCUGCUACUUAUAAAAUACCCAGCAGGAUUUAGGCUAUUCUAAUUAUCAUUGUGACCUAUGUCAUAAUGUCCUAAAAUGUAUUCUUAGUGACUUUCUUAGUUUUUACUGUCAUUAAGCUACCCCUAGGCUUCAAUUUAUUUUUAAACUGGGUUCAAUUGACAUUUUAUUCCAUUCAGACUUUGAUGACCUACACUAAGUCAUGAUAAGUGACAAUGUUGAGAGAUGUACUGAAUUUAAUUGAAUUGACAUUUUAUUCCAUUCAGACUUUGAUGACCUUCACUAAGCCAUGAUAAAUGACUAUGUUAAGAUAUUACAGAAUCUACUUGAAUAGGUGUGUUAUUAAUGCAACCAAAAUGUCCAAUUUUAUUUCCUUUGAAUUUUCAGCCAACUGGUGUCAUAAUGUCGUCAUCUAAGACUGAUAUCAGUGGCUCUUCUUUACCUUUAAUUUUAAAGGAAAUCCAACUGUGAAGAUAAUAUUUAAGCCAACAAUAAAAUCAUUCUCCUCUCAA